UGUGUGUGUGUUUAAUGUUUGUUUAGUGUGUGCAUGAGUUUAGUGUGUACCUUUAGGUGUGUGUGUAUAUGUGACCGUCCAUCAUGGCUCAGUCCGAUCAGCUGCAGCGUUCAUCUGGUGCUGAGGGUGCUACUUCCUGUUGUCUCCCUCAGGUCUCACCAGCGCUCGGUUGCUGUGUUGCCGUGGCAAUGUUCCACCGCAGGAAGAAGAGACGCAGGCCACAGAUCUCUGCGCCGCAGGACUUCCAGCACCGUGUCCACACUUCCUUCGAUGUCGCCUCCGGACGCUACGUGGGUCUGCCGCCACAGUGGCAGAGCGUCAUCGACACACUGAGGAGGCCACGCCCCCUGGUGGACCCCUCCAGGAUCACUGAGGUCGAGCUCAAGAAGACGAUUGUUCGCGGGAGUUUUAUCGGUCAUGGCGACUACAUCUCACACGUGAUCUCUGAGAUGAGCCGUCUGUCCGUCACCAGCUCCAACUCUCUGCGCCGCAGCAGCCCGUCGGCGCGGAAACGCGCCCAGUCACUGGGCCGACUGGGAGAAGUGGAGGAGGAUGAGUCGUACCAGUACGAGGAGGUCAAUCACUGCGGCGACAGCGGGAAGACGGACGGGAGCUCCACCUACUGGCAGGACAGGAUCCGACAGGUGCGCAGCGAAAGCGGCAGCCCCAAACUGAACGGAACUCUGCAGAGAGCCAAGUCCACCUGCGAGGUGGCCACGCCCCGCACACCUGUGACGCCUCAGAGGACAGGCGUGACGACGGGUUCUACAGCCGUGACGGGUUCUACAGGCAUGACUGGUUCCCCAGGAGGACAGUACGCCCACAGUGAGGGGGCGGGGCUUAGACAGAGGCCCACUUCCUGUCACUACAACCUGCCGACUGCAGAGACCAACAGCAGAGCUCACCUGAGACUGAAACCAGUAGCCAAUCACCUGCCCGACCUGCUGUCCUCGUCCAGAGAAACUCCCAGAAGGCCUUACUCCUCCUACGACCUCAAGGUGCCCUCGCCCUCCUCCCCCCUCCUGCUGCCACCACCCAACAGCACCAGCAGCCCCAUCAUCACAGGUCGACCUCACCGCCCGCUCCGCCCCUCCUCCAGCUUCAGUAUCGGACAUUCUCCAAGAUCACCGACCCCGCUGACUCAGCCCCGCCCCUCCCCCACAGGCUCCCCAGCACACCUCCCCAGCCGCCCCUCCCCCUCCUCCUCCUCCUCCUCCACCCAGCAGACGGUACCUAACGGAGGUGGGAAGGUGACUCAUGAGCAGUUCAAGGCGGCGCUGCAGAUGGUGGUGGACCCGGGCGACCCGAGAAUGACUCUGGAGAACUUUGUGAAGAUCGGCGAGGGGUCAACGGGCGUGGUCUGCAUCGCCCGGGAGAAACACAGCGGGCGCCAGGUGGCCGUGAAGAUGAUGGAUCUGAGGAAGCAACAGCGCCGCGAGCUGCUCUUCAACGAGGUGGUCAUCAUGAGGGACUACAGGCACCAGAACGUGGUGUCUGACACCCUGUCACUCUGUCACUCUGUCACUCUGACACUCUGUCACCUGACACUCUGUGGAACUCUGGGUGAGCAGGAAGUCUCAGAGUACCUUCACCUGUACUCGGAUACUUCAGUGGAAGGAGUCAUUCACAGAGACAUUAAGAGCGACUCCAUCCUGCUGACACUGGACGGAAGGAUCAAACUGUCAGACUUUGGUUUCUGCGCUCAGAUCAGUAAAGACGUCCCAAAGAGGAAGUCUGUCACUCUGACACUGUCACUCUGUCACUCUGACACUAGAGAACCUGGUCUGGUGCCUGUGUGUGUGUGUCCAGGUGUUCUGUGACAGCUUCCUGUUUUCCAGGUGGACAUCUGGUCUCUGGGCAUCAUGGUGGUGGAGAUGGUGGACGGAGAGCCACCAUAUUUCAGCGACACGCCCAUCACCGCCAUGAAGAAGCUGAGAGACGAAGCAGCACCGGGCGUGAAGAACAUCCACAGGGUGUCUCCGGUGUUGAAGGACUUUCUGAGCUGCAUGCUGACUCGUGACACGAAGCAGCGUUCCAGCGCUGCCGACCUGCUGAAGCACCCGUUCCUGCUGCAGGCUGGCUCGCCACGCUGCCUGGUGCCACUGGUGUCUGACACUCUGUCACUCUAA